AUGUUAUCCGUUUUGAUGUUCUUGAACUCCCGCGGAGACGUGGUGCUCUCGCGGACGUUUCGGGCGGGAAACACAGUGCGGUCGCUCGCUGAAACCUUCUGCACUGAGAUCAUCUCUACAAAGCAGGUUGACCGCUGUCCUAUCAACAUUGUGAAACGCGUGUGCUUCAUUCACUUGAAGCUGACUGAGUUGUACGUUGUGAUGGUGUCCGACUCUAAUGCCAACUGCCUAAUGUGUCUCCAGUACGCUGUACGACUGCUGCAGUACAUUCAAAAGUACUACGAGGACUUGAACGAAAAGCAAAUCAAGGAGAACUUUGUUGCUUUGCAGAGUAUCAUCGAUGAAUCGAUGGACUUCGGGUACCCCAUCCUGACGGACGCAGAGGCCAUACGGAAAUUUGUCACGACAGACGGUGUGGACGCUGCCGUUCUGAAGAACACCCGCGAGUCGGAGCGCAUUGCCGAUAGGAUGACUGGCGAGACGCCGUGGCGGGUGGAGGGCCUUGUGUUCCGCGUGAACGAGGUGUUCAUUGACGUGUUUGAAGAGGUGAAUCUGCUACUCUCCCAAACAGGAGAGGCGCUGCAGAGCAGCGUGUCGGGGCGCGUGGUCAUGAACAAUUUCCUUUCCGGGAUGCCGGAGUGCCAACUGCACUGGAACGCGAAAGUGAUGAACCGCAGUCCCGACGAGACGACCGAGAACCAAGCUGCCGAUGGGACGGGGAAGCUGGUCCCCUUGUCAAACAUCUCCCUUCACAACUGCGUCCGCCUCAAAGCCUCAGGUAACGAGGAACGGCAACUCACCUUUGUGCCGCCGGAUGGAAAGUUCACCCUCAUGACGUACCGCUCCAGCGUGAGUGUGCAGCCACCGAUGAAGGUGCUGUCGGCCAAGGCACGAGAAAUCUCAAAGACGCGCACCGAGGUCGAGUUCACACUUCACUCAGACGCCCCAGGAGGCAGGGUCAUCAGGGACGUCCAGGUGAGUGUCGCCUGCCCGGACAAUACGGCUAUUGCUGAAGCGAAGGUAGGGCAGGGUAAAGCCGAUUACGACGCCGUAAGUCACGCCAUUGUUUGGAAGCUGCCGCAGGUGAAGAGUGGGGAGAAAAUAGCUUUCUUUGCAGAAAUUCAGCAGAUCUCCCCGACGGAGAAAACGGAGACGCUGUGGACGAAGCCGCCCAUCCGCAUCGCAUUUCAGUGUAUGUCUCUGUCGCUCACAGGCUUGCGCAUCAAUGAGCUGGUCGUCAGGGAGCCAACGAUGAUGUACACACCAAACAAGUGGAUUCGCUACACCGUCAUGGCGGGUGACUAUCAGUGCCGUAUGUAG